UUCCCUGAUUCUGAUAUGACGCAGUUAUCCUGCGACGUCUCCCCACUGAACGAAGUAAUGCCGUUCGUCUGAAGUUAGCUAGCAAGCUAACUCGUUUUAUGUUAUAUUUGUGUGUGUGCGGCGCGUCAAACUAGACUGUUUCAUCAUCUCAAACUGGUCUCACCCACAGGAUGAUUGACACAGAGAGGGGAUGUGGUGCUGGCACAGGAGAACCCAGCAGUAAGAGCAAGGAGACGGAAAAGAAGAAGAGGUCCCGUGUCAAACAGGUGCUGGGUGAUGUGAAGAAGCAAGUAGAGUUCUGGUUCGGAGAUGUCAACCUACACAAGGACCGCUUUCUCAAAAAACUCAUCGAUGAGUCAGACGAUGGAUAUGUUGAUAUAUCUGUGUUGGCAAGCUUCAAUCGAAUGAAGAAGUUGACAAGUGACACCAAGCUGAUUGCGAGAGCGUUGAAAAAUUCAUCUGUAGUUGAGGUUAACUUAGAGGGAAAUAAAGUAAGGCGUCAGCUUCCGGUCGGAGACGUACCAAAUGAUGUCGACAACCGCACAGUCUAUGUGGAACUUUUGCCCAAGGAUGUGACACACGGCUGGAUAGAGAGAGUGUUCACAAAAUGCGGGAAUGUGGUUUAUGUUAGCGUUCCCAGAUACAAGACCUCUGGCGACACCAAGGGUUUUGCCUUUGUCGAGUUUGAGACAGAGGAACAAGCACAGAAAGCCAUAGAGAUGCUCAACAACCCCCCUGAAGAUGCUCCCAGGAAGCCAGGGAUUUUCCCCAAGACAAAAAAUAGGAAGCCCCUCCCUCUGCCAUCUGACAAUCCACCAUCAGGUGAAGAAGAAGAGAAGAAAAAGCGAAAGAAGAAGAAAAAGAAAGAAGGUGCCACAGCGCAGACUUCUGCCGAAGAAGCCAAAGAGCAGGCAAUGGAAGCAGAGCCGUCUGAGGCAAAGAGGAAGCGCUCAGCAGCGGAGGAUUUUGAAUCAGAGGUCGCCGGCACUCUGAAGACACCAGACAAACUGUCAGAGAAAAAAAGACGACGGUCACAGAUGGCAGAGGGAUCCGAAAGUGAAGUACCAUCUAAGAUGAGGAAGACGAGUGAAAGCGAAGGAGAGAAGGAGAAAGAUGUAACAAAGACUAAUCCGCCCACUAAAAGUGACACAGAGCGAGGUGUUGAGGAAGGGAAAGAAAACAGAGAGGAUUCAACCCUGAAAGCAAAGAGGAAGAGAAAAAAGAAACACAAGGAGAAACUGAAAAUCGGGGAAGAAGUCAUCCCACUCCGGGUUCUAUCGAAGAAAGAAUGGCUUUUGUUGAAGGAUGAGUACCUGAUCUUGCAGAAGCGCAGCAUGAAGUCCCUGAAGAAGUGCAUUAAUAAGAUUGAUCAUAAGGAGCACACAAGUGGAGCUCAGACAAUGGAGACAGACAAUGAUCCUCAAGAUGGAAACAUGGAGAAGAGUAACAAAAGUGAGAAAGAGACUAACAUAGGCCCUCAGUUUACCAGUGGUGUCAUCAUGAAGAUUACAGACAACAAGCCGCUACCAGGGAGGAAGUUCAUCAAGGAUGCUCUGUGCAAAAUAUCCCCAGUGGCGUACAUCGACACCUUGGACGGAGACGCUGAGGGUCACAUCCGCUUUCACACCCCGGAGGACGCUAAAGCCGUCAGCGACGCUAGAGCGGAGCUACAGAAAGAGCACAGCUGGAAGCUCGAGAUUCUCGCAGGUGACCAUGAACAAAGGUACUGGCAGAAGAUCCUAGUGGACCGCCAAGUCAAGCUGAAUCGUCCGAGGGAAAAGAAGCGGGGUACAGAGAAGCUCAUAUCCAAAGCCGAAAAAAUCAUCCUUGCCCGGGCCAAGGAGGCCCAUAAGCACAUCCGUUUCCAAGAGGACUGACCGCUGCCGAAGCUCGUUUUCGACAACCACACGUGUUUAACUAUGUGGACUUUACAUGAUGCGAUUCGAAGGGGACAGUUGAUGUUAAUGUGUACUUGGCUGGAUGAGAACUGAACGGAGACUUGAAGUGUAAACUAGUUAAAAUGUCCCCUUAUGUUUUGUUUGCACUGGAGCGCCUGAGUUAAUGUGGAAUGCUGCUAUGCAUGUAGAGAGGUGAAGUCCAUCCCCUUCCGGUAGACCCCACGGGACCUUAACUUGGGAAAAACAUGUACGGUAGUCAACGAUGACAGACAAAUCAUUUUUUUAUCCCAUUUGAAUAGUGGCAGGAAUUACACAUAUGACGUUUGUCAAUUUAAAACAUAAUUUUGUAAGUCAAGAAAGUGGCGGUUUGUCGUAAUAUCAUUUAGUUUUGUGUGAAACCGCUCAGUGAGCUACAUCUCUCUUCUCGCAAAUUCUACGUCACCAUCACUAGCUAGCUGGCUAACUUAACUAUGUUGCACACACAGAUGAAACGUUAUCUUAUCUGAUGUGUUUUAUUCAGAGACUCCUGGUCUUUUUAUCAUCUGGGAAGCAAAAGAACGAACAAGACCUGUUGCUGGUGUGAGUACAUCCCAGAACGAAACGCACAGGCAUCGUAGCUUCAGCGAGAGAGACGUCACUUGCAUUGUCACAGUUGGACAUCAAACUAACUUUCUUGAUGUGCAAAAUUAUCUUUUAAAUUGGCAUCAAAUGUGUGAUUAAAACGGGAUCAAAAAAAUAUUUAUCUCUCGCCGUUGACUACCGUUUAUAUUUAGGUCCCGCCAUGGUGGUUCAACAGAAGGGGAGGGACUUCGCCUGUCUAUUGACCGUUUGGCAACAUUUUGUUUUAAUGGAUAACUUUUUUUUUUUAAGAAAGAUUCUGUAUAUGAUGUAAAUAUGAUUGAUUUUGAAAGGUCUCCCAGUUAAGAUGUGGACAAGUCACGGCAUUUCCUUUUGAGGAUAUUAGCCUUUUUUGUUUUUUAAUAAAAUGUCAUUAUUUGAUUAAUA